GGCGGCCUAGCAGAGCAGAAGGCCGAGGCGCAACCGCCAUGGCAACCAUAAACCGGAGUCCGUUAGCCUUCCCUUCGCGCCAAAAUCCAAAUUUGAACAAUCUCCGUCACCACCACCUCUUCUCUGCUCUCACCUCUGCAACAACCCUUGCCCAGCUCAAACAAAUCCAUGCCCAAAUUCUCCGUUCUGGGUUCGAUCGCUCUACCUCUCUUCUCCUGAGGCUCGUUGUAUCCUCUUGUGCUCUCUCUUCUAGCCUUGACUAUGCUCUCCUGGUAUUCAAUCAGAUCUCCGAACCUGAAACCCAUAUCUGUAAUAGAGUUUUGAGAGAAUUAUCAAGGUCCAAUGAGCCAGACAGGACGCUUCAGUUGUACGAGAGGAUGAGGAGAGAGGGCAUUGGGAUUGAUAGGUUUAGUUUCCCGCCGCUAUUGAAGGCGUCCGCUAGGGUUUCUGCGUUGGGUGAAGGUAUGGAGAUUCAUGGGCUCGCUUCGAAGAUGGGUUUCGAUUCGGAUCCCUUCAUCGAGACGGGUUUGGUCAGAGUUUAUGCAAAUUGUGGACGCAUUUUUGAGGCGCGGCUGAUGUUUGAUAAAAUGUCGCAUAGAGAUGUGGUUAUUUGGAGCAUUAUAAUUGAUGGUUAUUGUCAGAGUGGCCUUUACGAAGAGGCUUUACUCCUGUUCGACGAGAUGAAGAGCUCUGGUGUGGAGCCAGACGAGAUGGUUCUUGCCACCAUCCUUUCUGCAUGUGGCCGUGCUGGAAAGCUAGACUUUGGCAAAUUAGUUCAUGAGUAUAUCAAGGAUAAGAAUGUCAGCUUGGACUCUCAUCUGCAGAGUGCCCUUAUCACCAUGUACUCGAAUUGUGGAGCCAUGGACCUGGCUCAACUUUUGUUUGAUGAGAUGUCACCAAAGAACUUGGUGGUCUCUACUGCUAUGGUUACAGCCUAUUCGAAACUUGGAAAGGUUGAAGUUGCUCGCUCUGUUUUCAAUCAAAUGAUGGAGAAGGAUUUGGUUUGUUGGAGUGCAAUGAUCGCUGGCUAUGCAGAGAGUGAUUGGCCCCAGGAAGGUCUUAAACUGUUCGACGAAAUGCGGGCCAUGGGUAUAAAGCCUGAUCAGGUCACCAUGUUGAGUGUUAUUUCAUCCUGUGCUCAACUUGGAGCAAUGGAUCAAGCCAAAUGGAUUCAUACCUUCACAGAUGAGAAUGGGUUUGGAGAGAUUUUGCCUGUAAACAAUGCCCUGAUUGACAUGUAUGCAAAAUGUGGGAAUUUGGAUGGUGCAAGGAGUGUCUUUGACAGGAUGGGUCGAAGAAAUGUAGUAUCUUGGACAAGUAUGAUCACAUCGCUUGCAGUUCAUGGGGAUGCCGAUAAUGCAUUGAAGCUCUUCCAAAGGAUGAAAGAUGAAGGAAUCAAACCCAACCAAGUGACCUUUGUGGGUGUGCUUUAUGCUUGUAGCCACGCCGGGCUAGUUGAGAAGGGCCGUCAAGUCUUCGCUUCCAUGACCGAGGAGUUCAACAUUACGCCGAAGCAUGAGCACUACGGAUGUAUGGUUGACCUCCUCGGUCGUGCCAAUCUCCUAAGGGAAGCACUCGAGCUUGUGGAGGCAAUGCCAUUCCCACCAAAUGUUGUUGUUUGGGGAUCCUUGUUGGCUGCUUGUAGAGUCCAUGGAGAGGUUGAAUUGGGGGAGUUUGCAGCAACAAGGCUUCUUGAGCUGGAACCAGAUCAUGAUGGGGCUCAUGUGCUCUUAUCAAACAUUUAUGCCAAGGCAAAUAGAUGGGAUGAGGUUGGGGCAGUGAGAAAUUUGAUGAAACAAAGAGGGAUCACCAAGGAGAGGGGAUGGAGUAGGAUUGACAUAAACAGUGAGAUACAUGAAUUUGUGACUGCUGAUAGGAAACACAGAAUGACUGAUAUGAUUUAUGAGAAGUUAGAUAUGAUUGUUGGUGAGCUUAAGUUGGUGGGUUAUGCUCCUGAUGCUUGUAGUGUGUUGGUUGAUUUAGAUGAGGAAGAGAAAAAGGAGGUGGUUCUAUGGCAUAGUGAGAAACUGGCCCUUUGUUUAGGACUAAUGAGGGUUGGCAAGGGGUCUUGUAUUCACAUAGUUAAGAAUCUUAGGGUCUGUGAGGAUUGCCACACUUUUAUGAAGUUGGUUUCUAAGGUGUUUGAGAGGGAGAUAAUUGUUAGAGAUAGGACUCGCUUUCACCAUUACAAAUGUGGUGUGUGUUCCUGUAAAGACUAUUGGUGAUUGCUCUUGAUACAAAUGAUGGAUCAUUCAUUGCA